UGAGGCAGGAGGAGGAAAAGCAGCCCGUCAGUGGAUGUGACACGCUUACAAAUACAUAGAAAACAACCGAGGGAGCAGCAGGGAAUCAUGAUCUAGUCCUGGGAGUGGAUUUUUCAAGCUCGCUUCGGCUGGGGAUUUCGAGUUUCUUGCUGUUGUUGUUGUUUUAAUUCCCUUUCGGAGCCCUCGGAGGCAGCAUAACCAUGGUGGAGCAGUCGGAUCGAGCCCCGCUGCUGGACUGGGAGGAGAUCCCGCCGGCCGAGUCGACCCAGGCGGUGCCCCCGCCGCCCGGGAAAGAAGACGCACCAGCGGGGAAAAGUUCACCGCCAGACGGUCCUGCACCGACUGGCACUGCGCCUGGCACUGGGUGGAGCAGCAGCAAUAACACCACCACCGCUACCACCACCACCACCAGCAGCAGCCCGAUGAGGGGUCCGAGUGUAACAGCUGUCGUGCCCAGCGGGGACGCCUUCCCGGCCCGCGCCCGAGUAGAGCACCCUGGGCCCGGCUUGGCUGUUCCGGAUCCCCGCGGUCUUGAUCGUACCUUCCCCGGAUUCUCGGUGAGACACCAGUGGGAGGAAAAAGACCAAAUCGUGGCUGUGUUUGUGGUUACCUUUGAUACCAGAUCAGGCAAUAUGAUAGAGUGGUGUUUGCCUCAUGACGUCAAUCUGGACGGAGUUGAAUUCAAGUCAAUGGCCAGCGGCUCCCACCGGAUUGCCAAUGACUUUAUAUAUUUUCGUAAAGGCUGUUACUUUGGGCUGGCCUGUUUUGCGAACAUGCCUGUGGAGAGCGAGCUGGAGCGAGGCGCCAGGAUGAAGUCUGUGGGCAUUCUGUCUCCCUCCUAUACUCUCCUCUACCGCUACAUGCACUUCCUGGAGAACCAAGUCAGACACCAGCUGCAGUGCCCGGGUCAGUACUCUCCUCUGGAGGCCUUCUAUGAGGAUAAGAAAGCUGUGCUUCCCCCAGCAGGAAAUGGCCUGGUCACCGCGUGCCCGACCUGGAGCGUCACCACUAUCAACCGCUGUAUGCACCCGGAAAUGAAGAUCACGCACCCAGCGGGCUGCAUGUCCCAGUUCAUCCGUUUUUUCGGGGAGCAGAUCAUGGUGCUGUGGAAGUUUGCGCUGCUUCGGAAGCGUAUCCUCAUCUUCUCCCCUCCACCUGUAGGCGUGGUCUGCUACAGAGUGUACUGCUGUUGCUCCCUGGCCAACGUCUCUUUACCUGGAAUCGGUGUUUCUGUGCCUGAAUUACGUCCUUUCUUCUACAUCAACAUCGCAGACAUCACUGCCCUGGAAACCGAGUUGUCGUACGUGGCCUGCACAACGGAGAAGAUCUUUGAGGAGAAGAAGGAUCUGUACGACGUCUACAUUGACAACCAGAAUGUGAAAACGCACAGAGACAGCUUGCAGCCUCUGCUGCGGCUCAAUGGAGCGGACAAGGAGAAAUACAGGAAGCUGAGCGAACAGAGGCAAAUGCUCCUUUACUCUCAGGAGGUGGAUGGUGACUGCACAUCAAAUGAAGAGGAUCUCUUCAUUCUGUUCUUCAUGGAGCUGAAUAAUCGCAUCUUCCAGACGUUGUCGGAGGUGGCAGGGAGCGCCGAUCCCACCCUGACUGCUGAGCACGUGCGGGCCAUGGGGCUGGAUCCCCAGGGUGACCGCUCCUUCCUGGUGGACCUGCUGGAGGUGUACGGUAUCGACGCCAUGCUGGUCAUAGACAACCCCUGCUGCCCCUGAACGCCCCCUGGGCUGCGCUACCUCGGGGUGCCGCUGGAUCGCUGCGGCCUUAAGGCGCACUGACCAAGACACUGCCUCCACCCUGGGACUUCAUCUUUUGGCCUUUUUGCCCCCUCUCCCACUCCCAGUCCCUCCCUCUCUCCAUCCCUCCCUCGCUCCCCUCCACUGGAAACUGGUUCAGUGUUAAUAAUGAAGACACUUAACUUGGUGCACCGGCCCACGGCGGCCGAGGAACAACCUGCCUGGCGGACUGCACCGCCUGGCAGACGCGUGCUGUUGUAGCCUUUCACAUCUUCGGUCGCCCCACCACCAUGUUACGUCUGUCUACUUGUCACCUGUGCUCAUCUCACUCGGGUUUGAGUCCCCAGUGCUCAGAAUCAUUUCAAAUAUGUAAGUCUUUACAGGGUCCGAUGGUCACACUGGGAGCGCUUGUUCGACCUGCGGGUGCCUCGUUCCCCACUUCACUCCUCACGACGGGGACAUCACCGACUCUGAUCCAGUUCAUUUCUCUCACUGUUGGUCCGAAGAAUAGAUUCCCAUUAUUUGGGAAGCAUUACACACCUGGAGAUGAAUCUUAACAUUUCACAGAUCAUUUCUACCACUCAUGUGCUGUAACGUGUUCAAAUGACUGAAUACAUUCAAAAAACCUUCUGCUGUAAUCCACACUUAGAUGUUUUGUAAGCUUCGGGAUGGUGUCGUCUGUUAUUAUUUUUUGUUCCCGGUAAAGCUGCUCAUACACUCAUGUUAGAAUUUGCAAAAUGAAGGCUUUUUGAUCAACCUCUUUAUUUGCCUUUCAAAAAGGAAGCAAUAUGAGUAUGUGUACGUGGAAGUGUCGACCUUUUUUUUUCAUGUAUAUUUGAUUAUGUGUUCGUGAGCAUUUCUCAAAGAAAAGUAUUUUUUUUUCUUUUCAUCGCUGAGAGAUGAGAUAAAUUUGGUUUAUAUUUGUCGGCGCGUCGGAGAUCCUCUUUCAGCGGCUGCUUAUUAUGAAGCCGACUGACAGAGAAAGGGAGAAGUUGUUUAAUAUUUCAUUCAAAGUUGCACCUUGAGCACACGAGUCGGAGCGCUGUCUGAUAAUGUGGCUCUAUGUUUGAUCACAGUCACAUGGCACAUAAUGUGACUUCUGGAAAUUUUGUGUGUGUAUGGGAGUGUGUGUGUGUGUGUGUGUGUGUGUGUGUGUGUGCAGUGUCACAUGUUUGGACUUGAUUUGCUGUGAUUCGGGAACCGUCGAUGAAUGUGAUCUUCUACCACUAACUUCUCAUGAAUGCUGCACCGUGUCCACCACUGGACUGUUUCCCGAUGAACACAUGCACAUGCUUGACCUGUAAAGUUGUUUAAUUUGUGUGUGUGUGCGCGCGCGCGCGUGUGUGUUUGCUCUGUUUAUGGCUCACUGUUUGGCCAACAUGAGGUCUACUGAUUACACAGUCUGAGCCAACAAAGUUUUUGGAGUGGAGGGGCUGUGUGUGUGCUGUAGAGAUACUCGGGACGGGCUUUAAUUUCCCUUUUCACUCCAACCAAUGCCUGCUUAAUCAGUGGAAGCUAAUGCAUCCCAUGGAUCCCGCUGAAUGGAGACUCUUGAUGGAGCUGUUUGCAGUUUUCCCGUUCAUCGGCUUCAGAGAGGUCCUCUCCGCUCGUCUGUGUCCGUGACAAAGAUCCCUUUGUCCGUAUGGAGAUCCGGUGAUGUCACGGCCAAGGUUGCGGAUAAAGUUUUUACCCCUCCUCUCUGGGAAGAUCCACAGAAAGGCCCCGUCUGUUCCGGCUGAAGGUUCCUCUCCCUCUUUUCAUCGCGGUCCCAUUCAGGGAAUCCAGCUCCAGAGACGGGCCGAAUGUCUUUUGAGUGGCCCUGGCAGACUGACGCCUCAUUAAGUUAAUGCCUCCACUUGCCAUCCGCAUUGAUCGUUUGUUCCAUGUUAUAUUUAGGGGGGACAUCUGAGGCCAACGCUGGCUUCAUGUGGACUCGGAGCAGUGGUUCUCAACCCCGUUGGCUUGUGACCCCCCCAGAAAGACAAAGCACGGCUACUCACAGCCUCCUUUUGUUGGGGCAAACGAGCAGUGAUGGAUUCAUUUUCUUCCAACAGGUUGUUUUUCUCCCUUCUCAAUUAAUUGGAAAAUGGUUAGAGGCUGCAACUAUCCACUGUUUCAGAAAUAAAGGGCAUUCACCAUAAAUAUUAAAAUGUAAUCAUUCACCGGCAUGUUAGACAUACACGUUUUCCACAUUUCAAGAAAAUGGUUUGGGGGAGCCUCAGGUUGAGAACCACUGAUCCAGAGAGCAGGUAUUAACUAUUGCCUCUACCUUGACUUGCCUCCUUUAAUUUUUUUUUUUUUUUCGACUGGGUGUAUCUGAAAGACAAAGGGCACUUCCAUUUUAGUGCCAGUAUUCAAAUUGGGGCCUUAAGGAAAUGUGAGUUUCUCGAACUUGUGCUACUGUAAAUUGACGGACUUGUUGCGUAUGUUCAAGUAUUUGCGAAAAGAUUGUGCGUCAUUAUUCACACUUGUGACUGGCCCGCCUCCGGGGUCAACCCGUCGAUUGUGAUUGGUCCAAGUCCUCGUCAGCACACGGAAGUCCCCUGACCUCCGACCGUUUGUUUUACAGGUGUAUUUCAUGUGGAAAAAGGGAAUGUACACAACACACACCACUGUAUAAAAUGCCUUCUUUGUGGAGUUGCUCACAGAUGUGUACCAGCAUUAGCGAGUAAAGAGUUUGUUUGUACAGUGUUUCACCCCACUGAAUGUCAAUAGAGAGCAAAUCUGUAUUACACACAUGCAGCAGCAGCAGCAGCAGCACAUACAGCUAGUGUAACCAUUUCUCCUCGAUUGUAACUGCAACUCAAGUGUACUCACAGAAACAACUAACAAAACCAGUCUAUACUUUUACUAAUGUGAAAACCUGUAAGAGAUGUCAGUAAUGUACACAUGAACCUAAUAGCAUGAGCAACUGUUAAUUCCACAGUACUGCCAUUCUAACAAUAAAACCUUGAUAUAAGUGUUUUAAAAAUGCA